AUGUUUGCCUAUAUCUUCUUAGCUGGAUCUUUAAAGGAUUCUGAUCCUCUCAUCACCCAGGAGAUGGUUGAUGCAAUUAACAGCAAUUCUAACUCACCUUUCAAGGCAACUCUCUAUCCGAAGUUUGCAGGGAUGACUAUUGGUCAAGCCAAACGUUUUUUAUCACCCGUUCGACCUCCAAAACAUCAUCAAGGUUCAGCAAUUCCAGUUGGAGCCAACGAAUACUUCUUUAACUUUGUUGAUAAAAGCUACAUCACAGGUCUCACAAACAUUGCAGCUUUUCCAGAGUGGCACAAUGCUUCAAAUCAGUUGGAUAGUCCAAUUAAACCAAAUAGAACAACUAUAGUAUUCCCUGUUUAUGAUGUCACAAAGUUAUGCAGCUCAUGGGCUCCUGCUGUUACAUCUGCAAUGUCAAUUUCUGUUUCUCGAUGCAGCUCAUGGGCUGGUCAGUUCGUCAACUUCUCACUUCAAUUCGUUCUUGACUGUGAUAUUCUCGGUGACUCAUGUGUUGAGCGUACGCCGCUUAAUGCGUACCAGCUAUUUUGGACAUAUCAUCCUCCGGACUUCGAGAGUUGGGAUAAACCAGGAAAUUCAAAUUCAGAAAGAGAAAAUUCCAUGCAAGCACCACGCGCAGAUUUCAAAAGAGAAAAUUGUGAAAACAACAGAUGUUAUCCAGGUUUAACAAAUUGCAAGCAUCAUUGGGCAUUAACAGGAAGUUGUAAUCCAGGAGAUCCAGAGACAGGAUAUCCGAUAUAUUUCCUUUACAAUUGGAGAUGGAUCAAAUCACACCUUUGGGAAGUUGGUGCUGUAACUUCUUCUAUAACUGUCUACCAAUCUUUAUUUAGCUAUGAGGAUGGUGUUUACUCUAGCUACUGGGAAGGAAAUAAUGUAACUCGAGAGAGUGUGGGUGAAAUUCUUGGAAUGCUAGAUGUAACAAUCAUUGGUUGGGGGCAGGGUCGGUUGAACUUGUCAGCUGAUGAUAGUAUGUAUAAGAAACAACUCCAACGUUGGUGGUGGGUGAUACCACAUUUCGGAAUUGAUUGA